AGUUGAGGAAGAAAAGAAAAGAAAAACUCUUGUUGGGUUAUUGAAGGAAGAUCCAUAAAUCCAUGGCUUCUAAGCUUCUUUUGAUCACUGUCUUCGUCCUCGAUCUCAUUGCUUUUGGUUUAGCUGUUGCAGCUGAACAAAGAAGAAGCAUCGCAAAGAUUGUGAAGGAUAGUGAAAUAAAGUAUAACUACUGUGUAUAUGAUUCAGAUAUCGCAACAAGCUAUGGCGUUGGUGCGUUUUGGCUCCUAAUGUGUAGCCAAGCUCUUGUAAUGCUGGCCAGCCGAUGCUUUUGCUGCGGAAAGGCACUAAACCCUACUGGUUCGAGGGCUUGGGCAGUUAUCCUUUUCAUAUUGUGUUGGUUGUUUUUCCUGGUUGCUGAGAUAUGCUUGGUGGCCGGAUCGGUGCGCAAUGCGUACCAUACCAAAUACCGGACCAUUUUCGGCGAGCAGCCUCCGUCAUGUGAGACUGUGAGGAAGGGAGUUUUUGGAGCAGGGGCGGCUUUCAUUUUCUUGACUGCCGUUGUCAACAAACUGUACUAUAUUUGCUAUUCCAAUGCCACGGAGAAUAAGCACAGCCUCUAGGCUUGCGGCGGGUCGACCGGCGUCGCUGCCACAAAGUAUUCGCUGUUUAUGUGAGGUCCCGUUUCAUGUGCUAAGGGUUCAAUACAUUAGGCAGGAAGAUUGUAAGGUAUACUACUAUAUUUUGGAUA